UUUCCCGCGUUUCUUGUGCUUCUUAAAAUGUUUCCGAGCAUACAGCUGCGUUGAAAGAUUUUUACAGCGGACACCCACCCACCACCUGUCAUCAUCUUACUGUUGUGUAUUGUGUAUACGUACACACACGCAGUUCAUGGGAACGUUGAUAAGUUGAUGGAUGGAGUGAAAGCUCUUACAGGAGGGGAGAUUAAUGUCAGUGAUGUGGAAUAUGUUCUGGAAAACAUGGGGACAGAGCUCACAGAAAAGGAAUGGUUAAAGCUGCUGAAAAAUCUGCCAAUAGAUGCUGAUGGAAAGAUUGUUCUCAAUAAGCUAAUGGAUGGAGUAAAAGCUAUUAUAGGGGAGGACAUUGAUAUCUGUGACACAGAAGAUAUUCUGGAAAACAUGGGGAUAGAAUUUACAGAUGAGGAACUCUUGGAGCUGUUAAAAAAGUUACCGGUUGAUGGAGGGGAAAUUGAUGUCAGUAAACUGGACACAGUUCUGGGAAGCAUGGGGAUGAACCUCACCGAAAAGGAACUUGAAGAUCUGACACAGAGCCUGCCAGUUGAUGUUGAUGGGAAAGUUGAUAGGAAAAAUGUAAUGGAUGACGUGAAAGCUUUCACAGGUGAAAAGAUCGAUAUCAACAACCUGGCAAAUGUGCUGAGUAAUAAGGGAACUGAACUUCCAGACACAGAAUAUACAGAGCUGGUGAAAACACUGCCAGUUAGUGGUGAUGGAAAGGUGCAUAAAAAUAGGAUACUAAAGGGUGUGAAGUCUUUCAAAAGAGGAAAAGUUGACAGCAGCAACCUGAAACCACUUCUAGAAAAAAUGGACAUCAAACUCACUGAAAAAGAAUUUGAAGAGCUAAAAGAAAAUCUGUUGAUGGUUUGCAUAGUAGAUACCCUUGUCAGUCCCCAAAGGAAGUUUUGUCCAAGUCUUACAGCUGAGAAUUUCUAAAACUGGAUUUCGUUAGUGAUAAGAUAAAAGUUUAAAAUAUGAAGGUACGGUAAAAUUAGAAAAAAAGCUACAGAUGCCAACUAUUGCUGCUGUCAUUCAACAUUGUCUUAAGGGGUGUAGCUACUUUAGUGAGGAAAUGGGAUGAAAUAAUAUUGGGAAAGGGAAACUUUAGUUUCAGAUGAUAUGAUUGUGUAUCUAGGAAACACAAGCACACAAACUAAAAGAAAUCUGUGAGAAUUAUUGAGCCUUCGAUAAGCCAUUUUGGUUCAGGUGGCUUAAUACAAGAUAAAUAUGCAAAUCUCAGUGGCUUUCCCUAAGCUAGCAAUGACCAAAUAGAAAUAAAAUAGGAAAAGUAUUUGAUUUGUAACAUCAACAAAACCCAUGAAUUAUCUGGGAAUACAUUUUACAAGAAAUAGGAUCUGUAUAAAGAAAACUGUAAAAUCUUAUUAAGGAACGUAAAAUAAAACAUUAGUAUUGUUGAAUGGUAAACUAACAUACAGGAUCAGAUUGUUAAAUCAGACUGACAUGAAUCGGAGAUCUUAUCCAGCAUCAAGCUUCGCUAAAUAAUGUCAAGGAUAAAAGCCAUUAGCAAAUAAAUAGAGGUCUGAGAUGUCAAGAGCGCCAUAGUUUCUUCCUUCCCAUGUUGAACAUGCCACUCUGGUCCAGAAUAGAUGAAGUCUCUAUCAGUCACCUCACACAGCAGGAGCAUUUAAAUUAUGAAACAUUCCAGAAAGUUGUAUAGCCUUUGUGACAUUAUCCAGGGAGCCAUGCCUCAUAGAUCAUGGGUUCUAUUUGCUACCAAUAAUCCCUAGCCACAGACAUACUGCUAAGGGCAUUUCAAACAUAAAGACUCUUCCUCGUAGCAUAUAUCAUUAGUCUAUUUACCUGGAGGACCAAUUGACAAGGAUAUUAAACUGGGUCACCUUCCUUCUUUUCUUUUCACUGAGGGCAACUCCUCAGUGAAGGGAGUUAAUGGAUUAUAGACCACUUGCUUUAACUCUUUCCUCUCAGAUGGAAAAAUUUCUCUAGAUUUACUGAAAUAAAGAUAUCAAUUAUCCUAAAAUAAUAUGAGUAUAUACACAUAUAUCGUUUGUGUGUAUGUGUAUUUUUAUAUAU